AUGAACCAGAUCCGGCGCUUCGAGGAUCUGUCAUAUGAUGAGUUCGCGGAAAAGUGGAGCAAUACUCCCUUCGUCCUGACCAGAGCCAUCCAGCCCUGGCCAGUGACAAAGCAGUGGACGAUUGACGAGCUCCUGCUGAAGUACCCGGAGGUGGAGUUCAGGGCAGAGGCGGUCGACUGGCCCUUCUCGACAUACUGUCAGUACAUGCGCAACAGCCAGGACGAGAGCCCCCUAUAUCUGUUCGAUCGGCGCUUUGCCGAGAAGAUGGGACUGAAGGUGGGCAAGGGGGAAGACACGGCAUACUGGAGGCCGGACUGCUUCGGGCCAGAUCUAUUCGAGCUCCUCGGCGACGAGCGCCCCGCCCACCGGUGGCUCAUCAUCGGGCCAGAACGCAGCGGAUCGACCUUCCACAAAGACCCAAACGGGACCAGCGCUUGGAACGCGGUCAUCCAGGGAGCCAAAUACUGGAUCAUGUUCCCACCGUCCGUGGACGUGCCUGGAGUCUACGUCUCCAGGGACAACAGCGAGGUGACGAGCCCGCUGAGCAUUCCCGAGUGGCUCUUGGAGUUCCAUGCCGAGGCCCGGCAGCUGCCCGAGUGUGUCGAGGGCAUCUGCCGCGCAGGGGAGAUCCUCCACGUGCCGAGCGGCUGGUGGCAUCUGGUUGUCAACCUGGAGGACGGCAUCGCGCUGACGCAGAACUUUGUCCCCAAGGCGCACCUGGGAGAGGUGCUGUCCUUCCUGCGCGAUCGCGCCGACCAGGUCACGGGGUUCAAGAGGGAGGUCAGUGAUCCGUACCGGCUCUUUGCGGAGCGCCUCGAGCGUCAGUACCCAGAUCUCUUGCAAGAGGCCCAGGAGGAACUAGAACGGAAGAAUGGGCGCAAGAAGCGGACCUGGGACCUGGCCAUAGGCCACGGCGAGGACGAAGGCGAAUCGACCUCGCGGGGAGGAGGUGGUGGUGGCUUCACCUUUGGUUUCGGUGCUGGUAGCGACGAUGAGGAUGAGAUACCCUAG